AUGAACGGGAUCACGAUGUCCGAGAAGACUGAAUCAAUGGUAGCGGCGCCCCAGCCAACAUGGACAACGCCAGUUGCUCAUGGAUUGAGGCCCAGGCCUGCCACAAUCCAUGAAGGCUUUUCAUUUUGCGUGGCCCAGGGCUUCGAUGGUCUGCCGGCGUGGGAUUCUUCAUACCAGUUGCAGCAACCACCGAGUUCCGUCCCUCAGGACUUCUAUCCCACGACUACUUUAGACAGCAAUUCGUGGGUGCAAAAGCCUUGCGACGGGAACCUGGACAUCCCAGGACUGGACAACAACGAUAUGCCCAUUGGCCAGGCGUACACGACCGACGAAGCUGUUCAGAUGCCUGCGGAUAUGAGAUGCUCAAGUUCCCACAUGGACAAUGAGCAGAUGUCAUUUGAUGGAGUGAAUCCUCGCCGGAUGUCGGGAUCGUCCUUCACAGUGUCUACGUCAGGUGGCAUGUCUGAGAUGGCAUCGUACGACGACUACUCGACCGGCUUUUCCGAUGCACAAUCUCUUUCAUCGGAUUACUUCCCGCCGUCCAAUAGGACCUCGAUGAUCUCGUCAACCCAACUGUCUCCUGUCGCCUCUCCCAGGAUGACACCGCAGAGCCGCUCGGAAUUGGUACGGACUCAGAGUAGGGGAAGAGCCUCGCCAUCGCCACGAUCUGGAGUGCGCGCUGUGCCAUACUCGCUUGAGAAUGGACGGAACAAGCGUUGGUCUACUGGGUCCUACGGAACGGUUGCCAACCGUAGACCAUCUCCUUUCGUUUAUCACCCUCCUUACGACAUGCAGGCUCGGUUUUCGUCCCAUCAGCCGUCUUCCGCGAUCGGGAAUGGCCAACUGCCCCUGACUUAUGGCAACCUCCAGGCUACACAGCAACACCCUUACUGGCUGAAUAGUGAUCCAUAUCAACGUAACAAUAUGCUCUUACCAAGUCAGCUGCCAUCGCAAGCAUAUCAUCCGGAGAUGCAGCAAUUCAGUGCUCCUCCACUGAUGUCACACGGCAUCUUCCGUAUGCUUUCGAGCAAUGCGGACCCCAGCUCCCUCCACAACCACUACGCCGACUCGGAGCCGCCAGACCUGUACGCUUCAUUGCAUGAGGAGCAAGUCCCUCCUCCCCCGGAGGACAUGAACCCUAGCGACCCAGACCUCGUCCCUCACGAGCAGGAACUCAGAUUUGAGGGCGACUUAUACACUCCCAAGUGGGUUCGUGGCCACGGCAACAAGCGCGAGGGUUGGUGCGGUAUCUGUAAGCCAGGCCGCUGGCUCGUCCUGAAGAACUCGGCGUUUUGGUAUGACAAGAGCUUCACACACGGCAUCAGCGCCGCAACCGGUGCUCCCUUCGCCGAACCAGUAGAGACAAGGCGUAUGGACGGCAACCCUGAUGUGUGGGAAGGUCUUUGUGGGAGCUGCAAUGAGUGGAUUGCACUCGUAAGCAGCAAGAAAAAGGGCACGACAUGGUUCAGACAUGCGUAUAAGUGCCACUCUCACCCCAAGAUUAAGGAUGCACCGAAGCGGAGAAGAGAAAACAGCAACUCACGUGCUCUAGCAGCAUCAAACGUAGCUAGCAACAAGCCGAAGCAGGAGUGUAUCACUCCGCAGAUGACGCCAGCUACAACAAUGACGGGCGAAACACCAACGCCUGCCAAGACAGCUACGGCCCCGGCUCCUCCUCCUCCUGAGACACAACAGCCCCUGUCGUCGUCCCAGCCUCAGCAGCAACAGACACCGCAACAGGAGCCGUUGCAGCCGCAGCUUCAUACACCGUCAACGCCAUUGCAACGCCCGCACUUCCAACCGCAGCCUCCGCCUCGGCCUGCUCGGUCGCUAGCUCCACCUCCAUUGCCGCCUAGGUCCUCGUCAAUCAUGACGCCCUUGCCGACAGUGACCACCGUCAACGGGAUGCCUAUGAUCUAA